GCCAGCGCUGCCGGGAUGCGCGCAUGCGCCCUGUGCGUGCUGAGGGCGGCGGCGCUGCCCUGGGCCUGGCGGGGCCAGCGCGUCCUAAGGCGGAACGGGCCCGGAGCCCGCACCCAGGCGCCCAUGGCGGUUUCCUCCGCCGCCUCCCGCCCCGCCUGGCGCCGCUGGGCCUCGCUGAGCUGCCUGAGGAGCAGCCGCGGGCGGGUCCCGCCUUGUGCUCCGGUGCCGCCUCACCGGGGGAACCGUGUGCCCGCGUUGGGGGUUUGCAGCCCGUGGGCCGCGGGGUUCCGCGCCCUGAGGGGCUUCCACGCAGCGUCCCGCAGCCGCCGGGAGGUCGCGCUGACCAGCGAGCGGUUCGGGGUGCGGCGGCUGCCGUUCGCCACGGUGGGCGACCGAGACGUGGCCUUUUUCGAGCGGGUCUUGCCGGGCAGGGUCGUGACGGACCCGGAGGAGCUGAAGCCCUUCAAUGUGGACUGGCUGCGGUCGGUGCGGGGCUGUAGCCAGCUGAUGUUGAAGCCGCAGACAACAGCGGAGGUAUCGCAAAUCCUCAGGUACUGCUAUGAGAGGAACCUGGCAGUGAACCCCCAGGGGGGAAACACCGGCCUUGUUGGGGGCAGCGUUCCCGUCUUCGAUGAGAUCAUUCUCUCCACUGCUCUCAUGAACCGGAUCAUCAGCUUUGACAAGGUGUCUGGAAUCCUGGUGUGCCAAGCUGGUUGCAUCUUGGAGAAACUCAACGAGUAUGUGGAGGAGCAGGGGUUCGUCAUGCCGCUCGACUUGGGAGCCAAAGGCAGCUGUCACGUCGGUGGUAACGUGGCCACAAAUGCUGGCGGUUUGCGGCUCUUGAGAUACGGCUCUCUGCGGGGGACGGUGCUGGGCCUGGAAGUGGUGCUGGCUGAUGGCUCAGCUCUGGACUGCCUGGCAUCCCUGCGCAAAGAUAACACGGGCUACGACCUGAAGCAGCUUUUCAUCGGCUCUGAGGGGACUUUGGGGGUUAUCACUGCUGUCUCCAUACUCUGUCCUCAGAAACCGAAGGCUGUCAAUCUGGCAUUUCUAGGGUGUCAGAGUUUUGCGAAGGUCCUGGAAACAUUUACAACCUGCAGAGCCAUGCUGGGCGAGAUCCUGUCUGCCUAUGAGUUCAUGGAUGAGAAGUGCAUGGAACUGGUUGAGAGACAUCUCAAGCUGUCCAGCCCAGUGACAGGCAGCCCUUUUUAUGUUUUAAUUGAAACUUCAGGCUCCAACUCGACCCAUGAUGAAGAAAAAUUGAACAAUUUCCUAGAACAGGCCAUGUCCUCUGGCUUGGCCACUGAUGGAACUGUGGCAACGGAUGAUAAGAAAAUAAAGGCGCUGUGGAGCCUGCGGGAGAGGAUCACAGAGGCUCUCACUCAUGACGGCCACGUCUACAAAUAUGACAUCUCCCUCCCCGUGGGGAAGCUGUAUGAUCUCGUGACGGACACGAGGGCUCGGCUGGGCCCAAGGGCCAAAAACGUGGUGGGCUACGGCCACUUGGGAGACGGAAACUUGCACUUGAACAUCACAGCGGAGUCCUACAGCCAUUCCCUGCUGGAGGCCAUUGAGCCCUUUGUCUAUGAGUGGACCGCGAGGUGCAAUGGCAGCAUCAGUGCGGAGCACGGGCUGGGCUUCAAGAAGAAGCAGUUCAUUGGGUACAGCAAAGCCAAGGAGGCGGUUUUACUAAUGCAGCGUUUCAAAGCCAUGCUGGACCCCAAGGGGAUCCUCAAUCCCUACAAGAUGCUGCCCUCCGGUUCCUGAGAGCGAUGCGAGCAGACACCGUCACGCGGGGACCGCGUCUCCAGCUCCGUAACUGCACUUUAGCCGUGAACAAACUGGUGGAUUGAGCACGUGGAGCGCUCCUUGUUUUAUUUCUUUAGUGUGAUGGAACAAGUAAAGGAACAUGGUUUCUCCUCUCA